GCGCUGCUGCAGUAAGCUGCAUCGAGAUCGGGGGAGUUAAGAUAGAGAGAAGCAGGUAAACAUGUUGAGAUUUGGGUAAAAAAAUGGGGGAAACUGGCAGGAUCCAGGUGCCCGAUCCAGGGCUGGUAACACUGUUGCGCCAGGAUGCGCCUGGGGCCAAAAUUUGCCGGGUUCAGUUUUUCCCCAAGCCCUUGGCAGAUACAGUUAAAUGCCAACGUGUUCCAUGUCCAGAGGGUUUGAAACUACACCCCGCUAGCCAGCUCCCGUUCGGGGUCGCGGCUCAGCCUCUCGCCAGGACCUGGGCAACGCUGGACAGCUGCCAGGCAGAGCAGAUCUUAGAAAUACAGGAGACACUCUCAUAUGAAUAUCACUUAAGUAUUAUAAAAAAGAACUUGAAUCUCACAGUUCUACUAUCAUACCUGCUACUGAAGAAUCCCAUGCAACUUGGGAUUCCAGGAAGAGAUGAGGUGAAGGAUAAUGCCACAGAAUUGCAUGCGCUCCACUUUGGCGCAGAGCAACAGAGACCUAUCUGUGAGGGAGCUUUUCUCACAUACAUCUACACUGUGGGACAGUCUGGCAUUGUAUUUGGGAGUCAAAAUAAGGUCUAUUGCACAAAAAAACGUUGCCAGGAUGCCCUCCAACCAAGAUGCUGCCACGUACCUAAGUGGCUCCCUGAGGGUGAAUUUGGCAGAGAUGGGGGAGACUUUGCUUUACUCUGGACUGAUGCCUACAAUGCUGUGAGAUGUCUGGAGAAAUGAAUAGGCUGCUGCUGGAUGUGGUGUGAGGAAUACCAGGAGCUGGGAGUCCUAGUGCCACAAGUGAAGAACAGAGUGCACCAUCAUCACUCCGACAAUCAGAACCAAACUGGAGAGGACCCUGAAGGAUGCCAUCCACUGCUACUAUAUCAAAAACCCAAAAUGGAAGCUUAACCAGGGAGAGACCUUUGAGCUGAUACAAGUAACCACUUCCUCCCCCAGGAUAACGUCACCCAAUUUGCAGCCUGGAGAUUCAUCCAAUGGGCCUGACUCAACUGCAGUCCACUGAAUGGAGCCAUCUGCCACAAGAAUUGGAAUAAGUGACAAAGGAAGUGCCAUUAUGCCAAUGAGCCAUUACCCCCCAUUUUAUGUAACUGCAAGCUCCACUCCGGAGCCUGGUAGCUGAGACACCUUGCCAUCCAGGACUGCCUGGUCAGAGCCAUCCUACCACCCAUGGGAAAGGUUGCCAUGAACUUUUCCAUCCCCAGAAUGGCAGCCAACUGUGAUCAAACAUUGUCAUCGCUAAUGAGGACUGAAAGAUCAUCGUGGUGGAUAUCACAGUUCCUUUCAAGAACAGGACUUCCAUGAUGCCCAAGCCUGAAAGCUAAAGAAAUAUGAUCUUCUGGCUGACAUCUUGAAAGCUAAGGGCUACAAGAUGCAAAUUCACACACUGAUUGAUGGAGUCAGCCAAUGCUGUUCUUGUCUGAUCUGACAACUCAUGGAUCAGACUCACUGAAUGCCAUCAGGUGGCUGAGAGACAUCUAUCUGGAACACAUCACCAGACAUUGGCAAUACCAGGAGGGAUGAUUUGGAGUGAUGAAGAGAAGUGCAGUUUGGAUAGUAACUCAAAUAUUUUCCGGAUUGACUGUAUUUUCUAACAGACAACCUAAUCUAAAUUCUGACUUACUGAAGGACAAUCUCUACUUAACAAUGUAUUUGCUUCUCACAACCAACUCUCCAUUAAUCUUUCUGUGAGUGAUAUAGCCGAAUAUUUGAUUCAAAGAUCAUAUCUGUAUUGUGAUAA